GUUGCGUGCGUCAACACAGCGAAAGGGGGCGGUCUGUUGUCAACAUUUUUGCAGCGCUUCGCUGUGAAGCAGCUGAUAGAGCUACCAUGGCCUCUUCGGGGUUUCGGGGUGACGUUUCCCAGGUGCGUGGCGGCCGUGAUCCCGUUUUCUCUGAGGCCAUCAACCAGAAGAUGCGUGUCCCGGACCGGCUGAGAGUGGGGCCAGGCAUGGGACAGGGAGGGGAAGAGGCGAGGCAGGGGCGUGCUGAGCGUCCCGCUUCCUAUAGCAUGCACAUCCCAGAAAGGCUGUCUCUCACAGAUGCCCCGGACAUGAGCCCCCGUCCACUGUUCACGCCAUCCAAGCACAACUCAGCCCUCCCCCUGGGGCUUGCAUGGGAGGCACAGCAGCAAGGUGCCUGGGACAGAGACCCCUACAUGAGGGAACCAGUGCAGAGUCCCCUGCGGAGGUCCUACAGUGACCAGGCUUUUGGCAGGAGUGACCCUGACACCCCCACCUCCAAACAGGCACUGCACACCCCCACCUUUCGUGGCGGUGCAGGGCGCCCCCCUAAGCGCUCCGCUGCUGCUGCAAACCCCCUGCCCAUGCCCCUGGGGCUCCCUGCCAUCCCACCCAGCCACCUGUCCCCAACGACCAUGCUACAGGCCGCCAAGGAACUGGGCCAACAGGCCUCACAGCGCCUCCUGCAGACUGUCACACAGAAAUACAGGUUCAGUUAUCCUGAACAUCCUACGACUGCUGUGGUCGAGGCACCCCCUGUGUACGUUGAAUCAGCCAGGAAAAGUGCCAUGCAGGACUCCUGGAUGAGCCCAGAUGAUGAGGGAAGUGCCGCAGCUGUGGAGUUCAUCGUACUUAGGAGACAGCCGGAAAGAACUCUUGGAUAUCAGAAUGGCGGUAACUCACCAGCAUUACGACCAGGAAUACGACUUUCCCGAAUUGGAUCCUUUUUUUGCACACCCCAGGGCAAUUGAACUUAUCCCAGAGGCUGCUCCAAGACGCUGCUGGCGGUGAAGGCUUCUCGUCCGACUCAGGAGGGAGGCACACCAUCCACUGCUUCCGAGUAUAUUACUCGCCAAUGUUCAGUCUCUGGACAAUAAAGUAGACAGGCCCAGGACGAGGAUCUCCUUCCAGAGAGACAUCGGGGACUGUGGCAUACUUUGUUUCACGGUAUCAUGGUUCUCUCCGGAUAUACUGUUUCCGUCCCUACAGCCAGCUGGGUUCUCAGUACACCGCGCAGACAGGAAUAAAGAACUCUCCGGGAAGAUUGGCGGUGGUGUGUUUUAUGAUUAACCACUCAUGGUGUGAUUUGUGAUAACGUACAGAAGCUCAAGUCCUUUUGUUUACCCAACCUAGAAUACCUUACAAUCAAAUCUCUCCCUAUCCCAGUCUGCUGUCCCCACUUGCUUCAAGAUGUCUACCAUUGUUCCUGUACCCGAGAAAGCAAAGGUAUUACCUCUCAAGAGAAUUCUCUUCGGUUAUAGUCACAGCUGUGUAUAUUCCUCCUCAAGCCGAUACCACAACGGCCCUCAAGGAACUACAAUGGACUUCAUGCAAACUGGAAACCACAUAUCCUGAGGCUGCAUUUAUUUUAGCAGUGGAUUUUAACAAACCAAAUGAGGAAAACACUACCUAAGUUCAAGCAAUACAUUGACUGCAGUACUUGUGCUGGGAAAACUCUUGACCACUGCUAUUCUCUCUUCCGGGAUGCCUACAAGGCCCUCCCUUCGGCAAAUCAGUUCACGACUCCAUUUUGCUCCUCCCUUCCUAUAGGCAGAAACUCAAACAGGAAGUACAUGUGCUAAGGACUAUUCAACUCUGGUCUGACCAAUCGGAAUCCAUGCUUCAAGAUUGUUUUGAUCACGCGGACUGGGAUACGUUAUGGCUAGCCCCGGAUAAUAUCGUUGACCUAUACACGGACACAGAGUUCAUUACGAAGUGUAUAGAUGUUGUUCCCACUGUGAUGACCAAAACCUACCCAAACCAGAAACCGUGGAUAGAUGGCAGCAUUCACACUUAGCUGAAAGCGCAAACCACCUCAUUUAACCAUGGCAAGGUGACUGGGAAUAUGGACGAAUACUAACAGUGUAGUUAUUCCCUCCGUAAGGCAAUCAAACAGGAAAAACGUCAGUACAGAGACAAAGUGUAGUCGCAGUUCAUCGGCUGACACAAGACGUAUGUGGCAGGGUCUUUAGACAAUUGCGGAUUACAAAGGGAAAACCAGCCACGUCACAGACACCGACGUCUUGCUCCCAGACAAGCUGAACACCUUCUUUGCCCGCUUUGAGGAUAACACAGUGCCAUCGACACAGCCUGCUCCCAGGGACUGUGGACUCUCAUUCUCCGUGGCCGACAUGAGUAAGACAUUAAGCCUGUUAAUGUUAACAUUCGCAAGGCUGCCGGACCAGCCGGCAUCCCUAGCCGCGUGCUCAGAGCAUGCGCAGACCAGCUGGCUGGAGUGUUUACGGACAUAUUUAAUCUCUCCUUAUCCCAGUCUGCUGUCCCCACUUGCUUCAAGAUGUCUACCAUUGUUC